AUGUUUGCUCUUCAAUUUCGAGAAGAGCUCAAAAAACGCGUUCCCAGUCAUCCUCUGCUUUUUUCUGCGAAAGAAACCUUCGGUCUUGGUGGUACGUCAGCUAACAUUCCUUACUGUAAAGCAAAUGACACUACUUUAGAGGCAGAAAUGAUUCUCAAAGAGUUUAAUAGGGUAUGCAAGAGCUAUCCCAAGUAUCACAUAGUGCCUCGAGAUGUAUCCGAUCAAGAGAUACCCAACAUAGCUACUUUCAGAAGUCACCACAGGUUCCCCUCUGUUGUGUGGCGAUCGCAAAAGACCGGUGCUGUACUUCUUCGAUGUGCUCAACCUCGGGUUGGAAUUAUGUGUUCAAGGAGUGAGUUCGACGAGAAAUUUGUUGCCGCAGUUUUUGAGAACUUUAGAAGAGAUCCUCUGGUAAACCAGAGGCAGGAAGACUCCCAAAAGCUUCUCAUAUUUGAUGCCAGAUGUUACAGCUCUGCUCAAUUUAAUAGACUCCGAGGUGGCGGCUUUGAGUACGUGGACUACUAUGGUCAAUCGGAAAUACGCUUUAUGGAGCUACCAAAUCUGCACUAUGGCGGUGUUUAUCCUUUGACUGAACUUAUGGCAUUCCUCCGUCUUAAUCCGCAUUGCUGCGGUUCUAGUUGGUUGACGACUCUGGAACGGUCUCUGUGGCUGAGCUACAUUAGUCUGUUGCUGAAAUCUGCCGUAGAUAUUGCAGUUGCUCUCGAUGUUCAGGGCUUUCCUGUGAUGGUGCACUGUACGGACGGAUGGGAUAGAACGCCUCAACUGACGUCGCUUGCCGAAUUGCUCCUUGAUCCGUACUAUCGGACGAUAAAGGGGUUCCGUGUCCUCAUUGAGCGAGAAUGGCUGCAAUUCGGUCACAAAUUUGGUGAUCGCUGUGGGCAUAACUUAAGUUCGUGUGGCAGCGAAGAGCAGAGCCCUAUUUUUAUCCAGUGGCUGGACUGCGUUCACCAGAUUCAGCGCCAGUUUCCCCACUGUUUUGAGUUUAAUGAACUCUUUCUGAUUAAAUUAGCUAUUCAUGCCUAUUCGGGACUUUUCGGGACCUUUCUGUGCAAUUCGGAGCUUGAACGUCAGGAGAAUCAAUGUGCUUCAAGAACUUGCUCAAUUUGGGCAUACUUAAAUCCCAAUUAUAAUUGGUCUAUCAUUAACUAUCUCUACGAAGAGAAAAAUGAGGUGAUAAAACCGGCUUGCCACAUAAGCAAUUUGGAACUUUGGGACACUCUGUACGUCAACUCACUGCUACCCUCCAAUGCGUCUGGAGCCCUUAGUCAACCUCCAGUUUUGCUUGCUCCUCCCCACCGGGGCAGCGAUAUAUCAGCUCCCCUUCAGAUAUCCACAUCGAGUCGUGCCACAAAUGCUACCUUUCCUUUAAGCUGCCUUCCUAACGCCUCUAUUACUGUUCCCACACCCACUACUCUCUCCGAAACCGCCGAGGUACAUGGUUCCAGCGCCACCCUCGCCGAUGUUCGACAGCGUUCCCAAUCCCUCUCCGACGUUAACCAUAAACACAUGGAUCUUCCGACGACGACUACUAUAGCAACGCGCAAAUCAGAGGCAGCAGCAGCCUCUUUACUUCGGCAAACUGCGUCUUUAGAGCAAUUAACGGUAGUUCGCGCUGAUGCUUCACACUCUGUACCAGAUUUUCCAUCAAUUGCUCCUUCUGACGUAUCUCCAGCCACCGAUUCGGAGUUAGUUGAAAUGAAUGAUGGAGAAAAUCGGGAUGUGUCCCAUUCUGAUCAGAACCUUUCCAAGAGCAUGAUGAACGGGUCUCCGCACAAACAUAUGCGAAGUGGUAGCGAUCCAUCUUUUAUUUCAGCCAACAGACAACGACGUCGUGGGUUGAGGCUCUCGAGUCUUGGAGACACUGACAUGCUUGUUGUAAACAAAGCUCCUCUCGAUGACAGCCGUGAUACUGAGGAAGCAGAGGGGAUAAUGACGGCAGGGGAUGAUAUUCUGUCGACGACGCUGAAUGCUCCACCUAUCUCCUGUUCAGGCGUGGGUGGUGUCGAG